AUGUCUUCUUCUGCCUCUCAAAUCCCGCUAGUACCAGAGAAACGUGUAUUCCCUCCAUUGUACAAGUCUUCGGGAAACAAGUCCGAGGACAGACUAGCGUUCUUUCAUAUUUUAGAGAAGCUAAAGACGCAGAAGAGGACCGGAUGGGUUGAUCAAGGCAUCCCAAAUGCUGAGAGUAUCUCAGACCACAUGUACAGAAUGGCCGUCUUAGCGAUGUGUUCUUCCGACACGAAGCUGGACAUCGCCAGAUGUGUUAUGCUUGCGGUCGUACACGAUCUCGCCGAAGCUCAAGUGGGUGAUAUCGCCCCUCGCGAAGGAAUUCCAAAGGCGGAGAAACGUCGCCUGGAAGCGGAAGCGAUGCAUAAUUUCGUCACAGAAAUGUUGCACAAUAGCCCAGCUGCUCAAAGAAUAGAAGCGCUCUGGCAAGAAUAUGAAGACCAGGAGACGGACGAGGCUAAGUUCGUCAAAGAUCUCGAUCGAUUCGAGAUGGCCUCCCAAGCUCUCGAAUACGAGCGCGCUCACGGCAACGAUCUUCAAGGGUUUUUCGAUAGCAGUCUGCCUAAUUUGAAGCAUCCGGAAGUCCAGGAAUGGGGAGCAGACUUGAUAAAGGAGAGGGAUGCAUCGCAGAAAUCACCUUGA